GCGUCUUUGGUCGCGGCGGCACAGCGUGCAAUCAGCUGGCCCGUCUGUGCGCCGUGCACGCCGUUUGUUUGGCCUCGUGUUCACACUGCCCGAGAAAACGCUGAACAGAAAUCCUGGGCUGCACUGGUUUUUUUUCUGUGUCACCGCACGUCUGCAAAAUUGUGGCUGGUCGUCGUCGUGGGUGCCGUUUCGACGGCUGUACCUCGCCGCGCACCACCGUGAGCAACAGCUGUCUCUCACGUGCGGACGGGAUUGUUGUCCUCUGCUUGUGGAGCGGCGACAGCUAGGAGCAGCUGCAGCCUGCGUCUCGGCCUGCCUUGUGUUUCGAUCCCGUUAUGUCUGUGGAUCCCGGUGGCAAGCCGCACCUUGACAUUGAUGUGUGGCUUCAAAACUUGGACUUGCCGCAAUACUCGCUACUGUUCUGCAAGUACACUGGCGUUGAGGAGAUCCUGUGGAUGUCCGAGAGGGAUGUCAAGGACCUGGGAGUCAAAAAUGGCGCGCACCGGGCCAUCCUUGUCUCCUCCCUCAUCGUGCUCAAGCGCAAGUACGACAAAGGUAGCCGUAUCAGGUCUGGUGGCACGUUGCUGUCUUCACGGUUCCGAAGCAGCAGCUCCCUUAUACAGGCCAAGGAAAAGCCACCUAACCUUGGAGGAAAGACAGUCUCGUACCCGAACGUGCUGGUGCACUCCACUGUUUCGCCAGUAUCGCUAGUGCGAACGGGCUCCACCUCGACUGCUGCUUCUAGUCACAGAUCAAGCAUGGAGACGCCCGUGACGACUGAAACACCAUCUGAAGAUUUGAAGAAAGCAUUGGAAUGGGAGCUAGGACUGGACAGCCGGGACUUGCGCAGCCAUGCCUGGUACCAUGGCACGAUCCCGAGGCAGCGUGCUGAAGAACUCAUGACGGUAGAUGGUGGCUUCCUGGUGCGAGAUUGCGUCUCGCGGCCCGGCGAUUAUGUGCUCACAUGCUGCUGGAAGGGUGCACCACUGCACUUCGUCAUCAACAAGGUGGUCCUGCAACCAUUCACCGUGUAUGAGCGUGUCCAGUACCAGUUUGAGGAUGACUGUUUUGACACGGUGCCUGACCUGGUAACCUUCUAUGUUGGAAACAAGAGACCAAUUUCAGCUGCUUCUGGUGCUGUGGUGUCAAGGCCAGUGAAUAGGAGCAUGCCACUUUCCUACUAUGCCCAGCGCUAUGGUAUUGAAGGUUCCAAAGCUGUAGAGCCACCCCAACACAGGGCUCUUGAUUCCAGUACUAUGGUACCUGCACCUUCCAAUGGGCUGUCUACUGAACCCCACCUACCACAAAAAUUGCACUCUUCGGGCCAUCCAGGUCAGAUACCAUCAUGUGCGACAUUGCCCUGUAGGGACAACUCUGGGAGCCACAGGAGAGGCUUCAUUCGUGUGGGCAGUGAUCCACUGCUCAGUCCAACACUUGAACGUAGGACCUUAGAACACAGGCCACUUUCCGGCACAGUCAGCUCAGAGGCUUCCCAGAGGAACCUUGAAGGAAGUUCGGAAGACCAGCCACCACCUAAGCCUAGCCGAGUCCCCUCGAAACGGUUGCAACAGAAGCCAGCAGUUGCCAAGAGAGACCCUGUUCCAGUGACACAGUAUGUCAACAACUGUGAAGGUGUCUACUCUGAACUUGCUGACAAUGGUAGUUCUUGCCACAUUGCUGAAGCAGGUGACCCUGCAACACGGCCAAGUGAUAUCAAGCGGCAUGGAUUGCCAGCAUUGCCACACCGAACCCACAUUCGAACUGGCACUGCUGGUACGACACAGGUGCCAGCUGGGCAAUCUUCGGAAGUAGUGGCUUGCAACCGUGUUGUGACUGUGCCUGAAAUUGACCCACCAUCAACAUUUGACUUGGUGACAUUUGCAACAACGCUGCUUCCAUCUGAUAAUAAGCCACUUGACAAGAGCAUUAUGGCACGUGUGCGUAGUAUCCUUCUGGAAAGUGGGCCUCGUGCCUUGGCUAACCAUCUCACUCGUCUUGACUUGGAUAUGUUGGGACUUAAGGGGGAAAGAGACCUAGGGCUUGGUGUUACAGUGGGUUUGGAACUGCUGGCUUUGCCCCAGGGAUCAAGAUUCAGAAAGGACCUUUUGGAACGGACUGAGUGCCUAAAACUCUUUGUUGCAUCAACGCUCUUGAUGUGUGCUGAUGAUGUGGAGCGUGUGGAGCUGCUCAACAAAUGGAUUCAGGUGGCUGGUGACACAAAGACAGCUUUAGGCAACCUCUAUGGUUUCACGGGAAUCAUGCAAGGACUUGCCAUGUCACAGAUCUCUAGGCUGAAGACCACAUGGCUGGCAUUGCGCCAACGGCAUACAGACACAGCACUUGCCUAUGAGACCAAGCUGCGGCCAGCCCUGAAGAAUAUGCAGGAAUGUAGCAACCCUCAAGCACCCAACACGUGUCUGCCUUACCUGCUUUCUAUAUUACUCAUCCUGGAGCACAGCUUUGAAGGCUUGCUUGUAAAUCCAUCUGCAGCAUCUUCCCAACGCAAGGAUACUAGUUCAGAGCUGCUCCUGCUCCCUUGGGAGAACUCAACUGCCGAUUAUGGCCUUCAGUUGUUGCUUUCACACCUGGAACAACAGCGGCUCGUGACUCAGCAGCUUCCGACAUACCGGCGAAACGGCGAGAUUGUGUUUGAGAAUGUCAAGUUAGAUGAUAUUAUGCUGGACCUCUUUAGGACCGAGUUUCAUUUGCUAUUCCUGUGGGGUGCACGUGGUGCCUCUGUGGCAUCGUGUGAAAGACAUGCCAAGUUGACACAAGUGUUAGCAGCCAUGUCAGUUCGAAGUGAACCGAUUGGCACACCUGUGUGAUAAAAGGUGGGUGGGUGAUGACAUGUGCUUGAGCCCAGUGAACAGGUGGCAUGAACAAGAAUGGCCAGCUGAAGUCAUUUUCUUUGCGACAGCAGGGAAUGUGGCCCUAUCAAAACACAGAAGAGUUUUUAGAGAGCUGAACACAGAUUAUGAAUAGUGAUAAGAUCACCAGUUGCCAAUGCACAGCAUUGAAAGCUAGUGCAUUCAAGAGAAGUUCAUUACAGGAAUGUGUAUUUUAGAUUUCUGAAGCAUCAGCUGUAGUGGUGCAGUACCCUGAAUGCCCUUUUCUGCCGCGCUUUACUGUGGACAGCUAUGACAGCAUGCAACAGGUAUUUCAUCGUAUAUUGUAGGUGUGUGACAAACAUGUCUUACUUGUCACCUUACCACAGAAAGACUUUGCAGUUGAAACUGCUUCUUCACUGAUGUGAGUAUACACAAUACAUGAAUGUACUACUACUAAACGUGAAGUAUAAAAACAAUAUACACAUCAUUUUCUCUUACAAUGUGCUGUAAUUUUUCAUGUUAAAUAUAUAGGUAGCAUACAGUAGCUUACACAGAACAUUAUUUCUGAAGGGAAGUAGUGGGCAGGUGUUUUCAACAGAUUCAUAAACUUUGCAAGCCGUUUCCAUUCUGCUGAUAGCCUGCUCCUCUUUCUUAAGAGGGUGUCUGCAUGAGGAUUAACAAAAUUUGGGGAGUCUUAUGGUAUGAAAACACUCCACGUAGUCAUUCUCGUUGUCACUCUGGAUAUAAAAUUUUCUUACUAAAACACUAAUGCAAGUCGCCUUGCCUGUGUGCAAGCAAUCCCAGAGAAUUGCUUCAGAAUUCCGUAAAGGUGUCUGUUUGAGAUAAAACUUAAUUUAUAUUGUAGAAAUGGCUCAAUUAAAAGAGCCCUGGAAUAUUUUACUGACCAAAGGGACAUUUUAAACUCAAGGCAUCACUUAGCUCUAUUUGAAUAAAGCUUUAGAGGUAAAAGAAAAAAGUUAAGGUCGCAUUGCUCAGCACCUUUAAAAAAAUUUUUAAACUCCUUUUGCUUACUCACCAAGCGGAUCUUGGAGCAUUGUGCCACCGCCCAUGACCUUGUCAAUGUGCUUUACAUUAAAGCAAGAGUGUUUCAUUGUUACGCCUCCCCGCACCUUCCCACAAAACAUCUGUAAUAGAAUUUGUGUGACCACUAGAACACAUACGAAGUGAGGAACACUUAAAGGAUCUACUAAAAGCUGUUUCCCAGGCAUGCUCCAAUUUGCGACAUUAUUACAGUACAGCUACCAAAAUUUUUGAUAUCAUUUCUUCAUUCCUUGCUCCUUUUACACCAAUAGUAGGCAACCUUUGCUGCUUGUGCUCAGGUGCUUGUUCUCUGUUGUUCCGUAUCGCUUGUUCACUUUACACAUCAUAGGAAUUGGGCAAAAGAAAGUGCUUUGGUACGUAGUGUACACUGCUGCUUCUGAAGGGCAAGAGGUAGAGUAAGCAUUCUUUAAAAAUCUGUUCAUAAACCUAAGCUCACACAGGGCAUUAUAGAUUUUUCUUUAAACUGCAGUAAAUAGUGGAGGCUUGGGUACAUACAAGUUAAUAGUAGUUUAUUGACAUAUACUAAACUUGCUAAAUUCAUAAUGUUUGUCAUAAGUUCCCAGGCCAGCAUCCGUGUGUGUGAGUGUGUUCACAAGUGUUAUCACAAGCAGUUGUUUUGGGCAGUGUGGUGGGAUUAUUGUGUCCUGCAGAGCCUUUGUAUAGGGCCAGGAUCGUGAAGGAAUGUCCUCAUUCUCUGAAGCUUUGGAAUGCCAGGAAUGCAAUGGACACCUAGCUACAUGAUCUAGUAGCAGGUCUGGUCACAAAUGUAGCAACUGCAGCAUUGCUGUGAACCAGUGUAGAACGUUCCACUGGUUUGCUUUUAUGCUACAGCUUUAAAAUACUUUGAUACCAUAGCUAAGUGCAUCUUUAUUGACUACAAAAAGACGAAAGAAAUGAGUGGCUUUUAUCUCUAGGCACACAGUAAGCGAUCUGCUGUGAUUUGAAUGCUCACCAAUAAUCUGCAGAUGCGACUACCAACUGUUAAUACAGAAAGACUGUAUGGGCUCGCGGGGUAAUGCUGAGCGCAGUUUAAGGUUAAAAGGACACGAAGGAACAUGCAAGUUAAGCCGCAUUAGUAAAUUGACAUUUCUAUAAUCUUUUAAAAGGACAUUGUUGCCAAGAGCAGAUCUGCUUGGCAAGCCACAAAACACACACAGUCACGCUCCACUGAAGUUCGUGGAACAACUUCUCGUGAGCACAUGAAUUUUGAAAGCACUUUUCCCAUCUAGUUAAUUGUUUCUUGAUAAAGAAGGGAUGCAUUGUGUUCUUACAGUGGAAGGUGUGAAAUCUUUUUAUGGUGCUAAAAUGGACCAAAUAGGAAAAGUAGCUUGAAGUCCUAUAUUUUACUUUGACAUGUAUUGGUACUGCAGUGGGGUGCAAAUUGCGAAAAAGAGAGGCUUAGUGUCCAUUUUCCCCACUAGUAGUAAACAUUGUGCCACAAGAUUGAAAGUACAAGCUUUGAAAGAAUACUUCCCUAUCCAAGCUGGUUUAGGGCUUGUCUUCAGUAUCCGUUUAAAAAAUGUUCAGGGGAGUGUUGCGCAAAGUGCAUUGUAUGGACAUUUUCCCCUGUAUGUGUGUAAAUAAUCCUCAGCACCCUUCCAUUAAGUGGUAGCCAACCAGUUCCUAUCAUGUGCCAAUACAUAGUUUCUACUUUAAGUGAAACUGCUUUAACUGCUUUAAGUGAAAAGGUCAAAAGGAAUAUGCAGUGUUGGAUGUGCUGAAAAAGAACAUAUCGAUAGCUUCCCCCUGCCCUCCCUUCCAUUAAAAACGCUGUUGUGCAUUGCUGUAGCACUUACUAAUUAUAAACGAAAAACAUACGGUGUAUAGUAGUAUGCAGGUGACUCAUUAAAUGGAACCUGAAGGGACCAGUUAGAUAUGUUCCAUUUACUGAGAGAUGAACAGGGGUGCAAAAUUCAAGUAUGCAACAAAAUCAUACUAGAGGCAGUUGUUCCAUUUAAGUAUGUAUGUUUAAGAGACUUCCAUUUACUGAGAGAGUAGUGUUUUAUUUGAUAAAAAUUAAGUCAUUUCAGACUCAAAUGAGUAGUUUGGCUUGAAAAGUAGGCCACUCCCGGACAGUUUAGACACUGCGGUUUUGUCAUGAAGAAGGUUAGAGAGUUAUAGUAUGACAUGCACCUCAUUAAGUGAGGUUGCAGUUUAUUAGGAAAAUGUAAUUUCAAUGGACUGAUUAAAUCUAUUAUAUUUAUUCACAUCUAGAAAACUUUACUUGUACUUGCUGAAAUCAUAGGGUCUAAAUUUUGUCAUAAGCUUCUAAAAGUGGUGGUGAUAAUGGAUGUCAACAAGACAUGCAAAGGUUCAAUAAUCAGCUGGUGAAUGUUAGAAAAAUACAAAGCUUCGAUUUUAUUAAAAAUUUGUAAAUGCACACACACACACACACAGUUUUUUUGACAGCUGAAUAGCAUAUGAAAAUUUUGUAUUGUACAGCUUCUUGAGAGAGUGUUGUAUAAAGGAUGAAUAUUGAAAUAUAGUGUACCAUGUAUAUGCUUUUUCCUGUGCAAGCAAAGUCACAUGAGAGUACAGCUGCUUUGUUAUGACAGUGAACUUUAACCUUGUACGUAGUGUAGAAGAUACCAACCAAGUGUGAUGUUUUUGAAAGAGUUGUGUUGUGUGAUGAUUUUCACCUGUUCUAGUCACAGAUUUGUAAUGUGUCACGUGAUUAAAAGCACUGUGUGUUAGACCAAA